GGCUCGUCAUGGCACGACAUAAAGACACACCACUGCUUUCCCAGGCUUUGUUUUUGAUUUCAGUAACUCAUACAUCUCCAUCUCUCUCUCUCGCCUCCUCUUACUCUACCCACCCACACCAAAGUACCCAUAAAUCACAAUGGCCGCCUCUGUCCAGACCCAGCCCAACGGUGACGUUCCCAACUUCAAGAUUGUCGAGCGUCUUGACUCGGUCCCCGUUGUCCACGACUCGAUUGCCUACGCUCAGUCGCUCAUCAACUCGACCCAGCUCACCACCAACCUCUACAACACCGCCGCCGGCAUUGCUUCGCGUUCGUACGAGAUUGCCACCCCCAUCCUCGUUCGCGCCAAGCCCGUCCUCGAGUCGGCCGACAAGCUCGCUGUCGCCACCGUUGACCGCGCCGAGUCGGUCUUCCCUUACCCCUUCAAGACCCCCACUGAGGACCUUGUCGGUGUCAAGCAGGCCAAGGCCGUCUACGACGCUCGCGUCGCCCCCCUCAUCCAGCAGGCCACCCCUGUCAUCCAGGAGGUGAUCAACAAGACCACCGCCAUCAACAACCAGCUCGGUGCCCGCGUCACCGCCGCCAUCCAGGAGUCGACCGAGAUCUCGCACCAGCUCCUCGAGCAGCUCCGCACGCUCGCCGACUCUUCCAAGGAGCUCCCUCACCACCUCAUUGAGGGCCUCACCAAGGCUACCAACGACGUCAAGUCGAUUGUCCUUGAGAAGGACGCCUCGGUCCAGGACAAGACCAACAAGCUCGGCGCCUACGUCGUCGACCAGGUCAAGCCCGUCGUUGACGAGAUCUACAACUACGUCCUCGGCGCCAAGAAGGCCUACACCGAAAAGCUCGAGAAGGUGACCGAGAAGGCCGCCCCUGCUCCUGCCGCCCCCGCCGCUGAGAAGACCACGAACUAGAGGGUUUCUUUUGUUCCGGUAAUGGUUUAUUCUUAGUUGUGUGACAUAGAUGCGGUUUACGACUUGUGAUUGAUUCCCCCUCAUGGCGCCCUAUGCCGAAUUUGAUGCGUUUGUAGCUUCCCCCUCCAUAGUAUGUUAUGGAUAACAUGUCUGGGCGA